AUGAAGGGGCGGCUGCUGCUGGUGCUGCAGCUCUGCCAUGCGGCGGACUGGCGGCUCCCGCGGGUGCCAGAGGUGCUGAAUGCGGGGCCCGAUGGGAUGCCCCAGUUGCCGGAUCAGUUACUGGACGACUUCAAGCGGGCGAAGCGCACCUUGCAUGCCACGCACAGGCAGAGUGAAGGAUCUGCGACGGGCUCCUUCGUGGAGCAUCUGAAUGAGGUGGAGCAGGAGAGUUUGAAGGAGCUCACGAAGGAAAAGGAAGACUUCGAUGCCCAAUUGCGAAGCCAAGAGGAGCAGAACAAGGCGCUGCUGCGUGGCAACGCGCAGUUGGCCAAGGAGACUCUGACGGCUCGACAGCAGAAUGUUCAGCUCCGCAAGGAGGUGACACGUUUGGCCCAUCGAGUCAGUGUACGCCAGAGCAUUUCCAAAUCCUUGCAGCAGCAAAUGCACCAGGGACAACGCUUCCUGCAGGACCCGGAGGAGGCCACGCUGGAGGACGAACGUGAUGCGAUGUCCUUCCUGGAGGUGUCGGCAGAACUGCGAGGUGCGCAUCCGAAGGUGGAUGCCAUGUUGGACGAGGAUCCAGUGGCGCCGCGCGAGGUGAAUGAAGCGGAUGUGACCGAGGUGCUCGAGGCCGAGGAUCCGGUGGUGGAACACGAAGCGCAUGAGGAUCAGAUCAUCUUGACCUUCCUGAAGGAUGACCUGCGGCAGCUACACCGGGUGGAGAGCAGCAGCAAGCGUUAUUUGAAGCAGAUGUUCCAGAAAAGCAUGAAGGCUGGCCAGGAGCGCCAUGCAGCUCUUCUACAACAACAAUCUGUACUUCAGAAGGAGCUCUCGACGAGCCAACAGCGGGGCGCCCAGCUGCGAGGGAAGUUGGAGAAGCUCCGGACGACGCUCAAGAAGCUCCAGCGGAGCUUGCAGCGAGGCGCCCGAUUCCUGGGUCGUCUCCAGGCGGUGGCCGAGACGCCGAUGGACGAGGUACCCGAGCGGCUGAAGGAGGUCGCCGAGCAGGGCCUGUGA